AUGCUCGAAAGCCUCAAGCGGGGACAGCCGAGCCUUUUGGCCAUGGGAGACGACUCCGACGAAGCCAUAAGAAGUACGAAGCGCCACCGCCAGAAUCAUGCCAAGGACAUUUGGGGAAACAUCGGUGCGCUGCUCGAGGGCACAUCGGUGGUCAAACUCUUCUGCAGAGAGCUGAAGCCGAACUAUUCGAUGCCUUGGACGACCAAGAGGCAGCAGUCGUCAACUUCCACUGCCUUCGUCUUGUGCCUUCAAGAGCGGCUGCUGCUGACCAAUCGGCAUUGCGUGGCCCACGCCAGCUGCAUCGAGGUGCGGAAGCGUGGGGACGACCAGAAGUACGAGGCGGAGGUUCUUGCCCGCGCGACGGACUGUGACCUGGCCUUGCUGACGGUACGCGAGGAGGCUUUCUGGGAAGGCGCCACUGCACAGACGCUCUGCAACGAAGUCCCAGCUCUUUUCUCUGAAGUGGUCUGUGUCGGGUAUCCUACCGGCGGGGACAACUUGUCUGUGACCAAAGGUGUCGUAAGCCGGGUGGACUACGAGGACAACCCAGACCCCUGGCGAAACCGACUAGUCAUCCAAAUCGAUGCGGCAGUGAACCCUGGAAACUCGGGAGGGCCAGCGCUAGUCGCAGGAGGCUCCUGCGUGGGUGUCGCGUAUGAAUCCCUGAAAGAUGGCUCCACAGAAAACAUUGGCUUCAUAAUACCGGUCAGUGUGGUGCAGAAGUUCUUGACAGCCUGGCGAAGGCUGAAGUCCACUGCGCCUGUUGGAAGUACAGUGUCCGAGGAUGUCCCGCCGGUACGAGUCACGGCUUUUGGGCAUGGACGUUUUUCUGCACAGAAACUUGAGAACGCCGGCAUGAGACGCGCCCUUGGCUUGGCCGCGGGGCAAAGUGGCGUCAUUGUCAAGUCCGUAGAUCCGACGACGGUGAAUGCCAAAGUUCUCCAGAAGGGCGACGUGCUUCUCUCGCUGAUCGGAGUCCCAAUCGGCAACGACGGUUGUGUUCCAUUCGUUUGCGGGUCUUCUCGCCACGAUCGUGUCCCCUUCCCGUAUGUUGCCAUCGAAAAGUUUGUCGGCGAACAGCUCGAGGCCGAGAUCAUGCGUGCAGGUAGCAAGCUGUCCAUCACGCUGCAGCUCUGCCCGCAAGAGCCUCUGGUCUCCGUUGAGAAAGAAGCUCCUUGGCUGCUUGAUUACUGCAUAAUCGGUGGCCUCGUGUUCGUGGUGCUAUCUCAACAGUACUUGCGUGCCACCUUCGGCGACAAGUGGCGCAAAGAGAGAUGCAAUGGGCUUUCAGAGAUCAUGGAUUCCAGGGAACGAGAGUUCCCGGAUGAACAGGUGGUGGUCCUGUCGUAUGUUCUCGCACACACAGUCAACCUGGGAUUCCAGGAUGUUCGGAAUGCACGCCUCAAGGCUUUUGUGGUGGAUGGGGUGCUUGUGCGGAUCCGCAAUAUCGCACACUUAUCAAAUCUUGUAGAAGCUUCCAAAGAGGAGUUCUUGAGAUUUGAGCUGUACGGUCGGGGUGCCGGCUUCCUUCCCGAUAUUAUUGUCUUGGAACGAUCUGCGGUUCAAGCUUGCGAGGACGAAGUCCUCCGUCGCAACAAGAUUCCAGCGGCAAGGAAGAUUUCCAACUCGAGUUGA